AUGUAUCAGACGAAAGACAAAGUAGAAAUUUUUAACAAUAAAUAUUAGCAAAUAAAAAGCUUAGGAUAGGGUGCUUAUGCAGAAGUAUUUGCUUGCAGAUAUAUAGGUCAGUAAGAGAAACAGCAUCAGGUUCCAUCUUUUACUCUUGAUAGAUUAUAUCAAGAAUCAAAAGAAAAACCGAAGGCAGGAGAACUAUUUGCAAUCAAGAAAUUUAAAGACAACGGAUAAAAUAGAUUAGGGUUGAGUAUGGAUAAUAUUAGAGAAAUUAGAUUUAUGUAAUAAUUUAAUCACCCUAAUAUUGUCAAAAUAGUCGACGUCUUCAUAGUCUAAAACGAGAAUAGCCAAAACGAAAAAUAGUCUAAUUUGAUGAUUGUUAUGCCUCUUUGUGUACCUAUACAUAAAUUGCUUGAACUAAAACGUAUAGAUUCAUUUAAGGAAGAAGACUUUAAAUGUAUGUUUAAGUAAAUUUUAUAAGGAGUGAAAUAUUUGCAUGAAAAUUACAUAUUGCACAGAGAUAUUAAGUGGGAAAAUCUUUUAAUUGAUAAAGAUAGAAAGAUAGUAAUUACUGAUUUUGGUCUUUCUAGAGAGUUUGGUUCAACCGAGCGUAUUUUUACAACAAACAUGUUCACUGCAAACUACAGACCUCCUGAAAUUAUUUUAGGCAGUGCUAAAUAUGGACCUAAGAGUGAUAUGUGGGCUAUCGGAGUUGUCUUUAUGGAGAUUCUUAUGAAAUUCGAGAAAUUCUUAUUCCCAAUUACUUCCGAUAAUAAUGUUGAAAUAUUAAAUUGUAUAUUUGCACUUAGGGGUACGCCUGACUAAGAAACAUGGAAGGACUAUGAUUAGCUGCCUUUAAAAAUUAAAUUUAAUCCAGUCUAAGCUAAAAAGUUAAAAAAUUUGGAUGUCUUAUAAGGAUACUCAGAUGGUUUGGUAGAUGUUUUGGAACGACUACUUCAGUUAAAUCCAAAUAAAAGACCUACAGCAGCAGAGGUAAUUAAUUAAAUUUACAAAUAAGAAAAUAAAUAGACAAUCUUUAGUUAUUAGAAGAUAAAUAUUUCAAGAAUGCACCCUUAGAAACUGAAUAAUAUGAAUCAGUAAUUAGAAUUCUUUUAUAAGAAUAGUAAAAUUAAUUAAAAUGAAAAUGCCUACAAAUAUUAAUCAUUCAAUCAAAAGAACAAGCAAGCAAGCCUCCUGUCAAUAGAUCGAUAGAUUAUCCAUCUUGUUAUUAGCUUAUUUUCAAAUAUUUAACAAAUAAUAAAAACAUUAUCGAAUUUUAAUAAACAAUCUGUAAAUAAAUAAAUAAAUAAAUAUUUUUUCCAUUAUUUUAAUUUAAAAAUAAAAGUGUAUCUAUCUUCUUACAAUAAUAAGUUAUCAUUUUUAAGCAAUAAAUUAAAUUAUCAAUUUGGAUUCAAAUAUUUUUUAUGUUUGUUUUUAAAAAUCUUGUUUCUAUAUUUAGUAGAAAAAAGUAUUUUAUGA